GCGGGUCGAGGAGCUGUGUCCCGACCUGCCGGACCUGGAGCGCCUCAUGGGUGACAUCGGCGGCCUGGCGGACUCGGGGGCGCGCUACACGGAGAUGCCGCACGUCAUCGAGGUGACGCUGCCCAUGCUGUGCCACUACCUGCCCCGCUGGUGGGAGCGCGGCCCCGACGCCGCCCCCCAGGGCCCCUGGGCCACCGACGUCACCGGCCAGCACCUCAACGCCCUGCUGGGCCACAUCCUGCGCAUCGUGGUCAACAACCUGGGCAUCGACGAGGCCUCCUGGAUGAAGAGGCUGGCAGUGUUUGCCCAGCCCAUCGUGAGCAAGGCGCGGCCGGAGCUGCCCCAGGGGGUGCUGGGUCUCCCCUCGCGGGUCGAGGAGCUGUGUCCCGACCUGCCGGACCUGGAGCGCCUCAUGGGUGACAUCGGCGGCCUGGCGGACUCGGGGGCGCGCUACACGGAGAUGCCGCACGUCAUCGAGGUGACGCUGCCCAUGCUGUGCCACUACCUGCCCCGCUGGUGGGAGCGCGGCCCCGACGCCGCCCCCCAGGGCCCCUGGGCCACCGACGUCACCGGCCAGCACCUCAACGCCCUGCUGGGCCACAUCCUGCGCAUCGUGGUCAACAACCUGGGCAUCGACGAGGCCUCCUGGAUGAAGAGGCUGGCAGUGUUUGCCCAGCCCAUCGUGAGCAAGGCGCGGCCGGAGCUGCCCCAGGGGGGUCCCAGGGGAGUCCCAGGGCUGUUUUGGUGGCCCCAGGGUGGUCCCAGGGUGGUCCCGGGGCUGUUUUGGUGGCCCCAGGGCUCACGGUGA